AUGUCGACUGAUAUAACGCACAAGAAGUUUGAUGCCGAGGAGUCUCCGGUUGACGACAAAGCUGUUGGAGACGUUGUCAAUGCCUCCGGCCACAAGCAGGAGCUCCAACGGAACUUUGGUCUCUUGAGUAUUUGUGCAAUUGCAGUGACCACGGGAAACACUUGGAUCGCUCAAGGUGGCAGUGUUACCAUCAAUAUCGCCAAUGGAGGACCUGCCGGCAUAAUUUACGAGUUUAUCGCAGUGUCGAUCUGUUAUUGGCUAGUAGCCGCAUCGAUUGCCGAGUUGGCAUCUGCUAUGCCUUCAGCAAGUGGAGUUUACCACUGGGCAUCGGUGACUGCAGGCAAAUAUGGUCGACCCUGCGGAUGGUUCGCUGGCUGGUGGAAUAUGCUCGCCUGGGUCUUUGGAGCAGCAUCCAUGUCCUCCAUUCUCGGAAACCAAACAGUCUCGAUGUACGCCCUUUUUCACCCAGACUUUGAGCCCGAAGCAUGGCACGUCUUCGUCAGCAUGCUCAUCUGCACUUGGGUUUGUUGCUUGACUGUUCUGUUCGCCAACAAGGUUCUUCCUAAAAUCGGUAACCUAGGCAUGGUUCUCAUUAUUGGCGGUGUUUUUAUUACCAUAGUUGUCUGUGCUGUGAUGCCACAUGUCAAUGGAGUGGAAUAUGCGUCGAACGAGUUUGUGUGGCGUAGCUGGACGAGCAAUACGGGAUACUCCAACCAAGGUUUCGUUUUUGUUGCCGGUAUGCUCAACGGCGCAUACAGUGUUGGCACGCCUGAUGUUACUUCACAUUUGGCCGAAGAGAUUCCUCAUCCGAGUAGAAACAUCCCCAAAGCUGUGUUGGCCCAGAUGUCAGUUGGAUUUAUCACCGGAUUUCUCUACAUGAUCGCCAUGUUCUAUUCUAUCCAGUCCCUCGACGACGUCUUGAACAGUGUUUUCGGCUUCCCUCUCGCUGAAAUUUACCGCCAAGCUACAGGAAGCAGGGGCGGCGCUUUAGGGCUUCUGAUUGUAGCAUUCUUGCCCACCUUAAUCACUUGCAUUGGAUGUUACAUCACCGCCGGUCGUACCCUCUGGACUCUAGCUCGAGACAACGCAACACCUUUCUCUGGUUGGAUUGGACACAUUAAUACUCGCUUUCAAAAUCCCUUCAAUGCCACGUUGGUAUGUGGCUGCAUGAUCACCGUCCUUGCAUGUAUCUACGUCGGCUCAACCACUGCAUUCAACGCCUUUAUCGGAUCCUACAUCCAGCUUUCUACGCUCUCAUAUUUCACAGCCAUUUUCCCUCACGUUUUGACCCGCCGAUCAUUGAUUACUCCCGGAUACUUCCACAUGAAGAACUCCGUCGGCUACGUCGUCAACAUUCUCAGCUGCAUCUAUAUCGUCGCCUUUAUCAUCAUUUUCUGUUUCCCCUACGCUCUUCCUACCGAUGCUCAGUCUAUGAACUACGCAAGUCUAAUUACAGGUGGUCUCACCAUCUUUAUUGCUAUCUGGUGGUUUGUUCGUCAGCGAGACUAUGUUGGACCACAGGCUAUUCCGCUCACUGAUCGAACGGUUGCAGAUGAUGCGAAAUGA